CAGCACGCGGCCGCCCCGCACCUGCAGCGAUGGAUGCAGAGGGAGCGCUGAGCACCCUGCGAGGGGGCGACGCGGGUGCCAUCGAGAGGGUCCUGCGGGAGUACAGCGAAGAGCACAGAGCUACUUUCAAAUUUGAACCUGAAGAUGAAGAUAAGAGAAAGAAACUGUGUGAAGGGAUCUUUAAGGUCCUUGAGAAAGACAUCACCACCUCCUGCCAAGUUACCUGCCUGGAAGUCCUCCGCAUCCUUUCCCGUGACAAAAAGGUUCUGGUUCCUGUCACCACCAAGGAGAACAUGCAGAUUUUGAUUCGGCUGGCCAAGCUGGAUGAUUCGGAGGACUCUCUGGAGGACGUGGCGGAUUUCCCGGUCAUUGUGGAGUCCCUAAAAUGCCUGUGUAACAUAGUGUUCAACAGCCAGAUGGCCCAGAAGCUCAGCCUGGAGCUCAACCUGGCCGCCAUGCUGUGUAACUUGCUGCGGAAAUGCAAGGACCAGCAGGUCAUCAGCGACAUUAAGUGCUUCGACCUGCGCCUCCUCUUCCUCCUGUCCCUCCUGCAGACCGACAUCAGGUCCCAGCUCCGCCAUGAGCUCCAAGGGCUGCCCCUGCUCACCCAGGCCCUGGAGAGCGCCUUCAGCAUCAAGUGGGCUGAUGAGUACGAAGCCGCCAUAGACCACAACGGGCCCCCCCUGUCCCCGCAGGAGACGGAUUGUGCCAUCGAGGCCCUCAAAGCCCUCUUCAACGUCACCGUGGACAGCUGGAACGUCCACAGCGAGAGUGACUCUCACCAGUUCCGUGUCAUGGCCGCGGUCCUCCGCUACUGCUUACUGACUAUGGGUCCAACCGAAGACAAAACAGAGGAGCUUCACAGCAAUGCAGUCAACCUUCUAAGCAAUGUUCCAGUCUCAUGCUUGGACGUCCUCAUUAGUCCAUUAGCCCAGGACGAAAUUGCCCAGGAGGCAACAACUCUGGAUGAACCGACCCAAGAAGCUGAAACAGGCCAAGAUGAAACAAGGGAAGAAGAAGCCAAUCUGAAGUACAAUACCAUGGUGUACAAUGGUAUGAACAUGGAGGCUAUCCGUGUUCUUCUUGAUUUUAUGGAGAAGAGAAUAGACAAGGGAAGCUGCUACCGGGAGGGCCUGACCCCAGUUCUCAGUCUCUUAACCGAAUGUUCCCGAGCUCACCGAAACAUCCGGAAAUUCAUUAAAGACCAGGUUCUGCCACCUCUGAGAGAUGUGACCAACCGCCCCGAAGUCGGCUCCACCGUGCGGAACAAGCUGGUGCGCCUCAUGACGCAUGUUGACCUUGGGGUCAAACAGAUCGCAGCUGAAUUCCUUUUUGUCCUUUGCAAAGAGAGAGUGGACAGCCUCCUGAAAUACACCGGCUAUGGCAACGCGGCAGGACUGUUGGCGGCCAGGGGCCUCUUGGCAGGAGGAAGAGGAGAUCACUGGUACUCGGACGACGAAGACACGGACACGGAAGAGUACAAGUCGGCAAAGCCCAACAUUAAUCUUAUCACUGGUCACUUAGAGGAACCCAUGCCAAACCCCAUAGAUGAAAUGACGGAAGAACAAAAGGAAUACGAAGCCAUGAAGCUUGUCAACAUGCUUGAUAAACUUUCCAGAGAGGAGGUGAUUAAACCCAUGGGUGUGAGGCCAGAUGGGACAAUGGCUCCUUUGGAGGAAACCCUUUGCCGGUACCACGUCACCCAGGAGAACAGCUCUGACUCUGACUCCGACUGAAAGAAUCACCUGCUUCACUCUCAAUAUCGCUUUUAUCAGCAUCUUUCUCUGUAGCCCCAGGGGGAAUCUUUUCUCUCCAACAUCUAGGCCCUUGCUUUGGCUGGAAGCACAUUAACUGGUUUACUUCUUCAGUUGGGAUACUAAAAGGGAUGAUUCUGGGGGAUUUGCAAUAUCAAAACGGA